GGAAAGAGUGGAGGUGAAAUCAAAAAACUAUUCCUCUCUAUACUUCCAUUUCUGAUUUGAUGAUUUCAUGUUUUAAUUCUGUCUGUUCUCUCUCUCUCUAUACGGCAAUCAGAGAUAUGCAGUUAGCUUUCCGUUUAGUCUAAAUUCUAGGAAGAGAGCGAUUGGGAUUAGGAAGAAAGCUAUUUUUGAUUUUGUCUGGAUCGAGCUUCUCUAAAAUGUUUUUCUUGUAUACCUUUUUCGUUCCUGAAGAAGCCAAGAUUGAAGAAGUGGAGUGGGAGAAAGAAAGAUAACAAUCUUCAAAAUAUUUUAGAAGAGCCGACGAAGUAGACAGACAGAUAUAAAGACAGCAUACUGUAUAUGUCCAUUUAGAUCUGCUUCUGCUGGAUGUCUACUUCAGUUAUGAGCGAUGCAAUGAUGAUGACAGCAACGGAAUCACAAACUGCAACAGCAACACUUACCUCUCAAAUGGAGGUGGAUUUCGCGAAAUGCGAAUGUUGUGGAUUGACAGAGGAGUGCACUUUGGCAUACAUAGAGCGAAUUCGCGAACGCCAUCAAGGCAAAUGGAUCUGCGGACUCUGCGCCGAGGCUGUCAAAGACGAAAUCGUGAGGUGCGAGAGCGAGAGGCUCAUCAGCACCGAAGAGGCCUUGACUAAGCAUAUUAACUUUUGCAACAAAUUUAGCUCAUCAGGACCGCCUUCGAACCCUGCGGUUCAUCUGAUUACCGUCAUGAGACAUAUUCUGAGGCGGAGUUUGGAUUCUCGGAGAUCGUUAAAGUCGGUGCCGAGUAGUCCGACGAAGAACAUCAGAGAAAUAAAGCGAACGGUGCUGGCUCGAUCGGAAAGUUGUAGUCCUACCCUUUCUCUGGUUAAUGACUCUUCUUAUCAUACUGCGAAAGAAGCUACUGAAUGAAUAUUUUCUCGAAAAAGGAGAGUGGAAAAAGAAAUUGUAAAUUUCAUUUCAACGCCUUUAAUAUGAGAAAAAAUAAAUAAAAUAAAAUAAAAUUAGAUGCCUAGUUUAGUUAUGUAAGUUCUGAACAGAAUUAGACUAUUAUUUCUUUUAUAUAAAUAUAUUUUCA